AUGUUGAAAACCAACUGGAGAUGCUGCUACAGAUAUUUCCAUACUUUUCGAAAGCUAGAGGAGUCACAAGUUAAAGAAAAGCUGAAAAGCUUCGAGAAACGAGACAUUUUGAUGAACAAGAGCUCAAAAGAGUUGGCUAGGCUGAAUGAGAGAAAGCUCGCUAAAUUGAAGAAACUACGGAAAACGGCAUAUACAAAACAGCAGGCGGUUCAUCUACUAAAAGAAAAACACGGUGUUGCAAAUGAGGGAAUCCAAGAAAUCGAAAUUGGUCCAACCAGUCAAUCCGACUUAAAGUUCAUUAAUAUCACCAAGGAUAGGAGAAUGUUAUACACAAUUUUGGGAGUUAACGGUGAACAGCUGAGGGAUUCCAAACUGAUCGCCGAGGAUGUAAAGAAAUUUCUUAAACGUGGCCAAGUAGAGAAAGCCGUCUUCUUGGCGAGAUUAGCUAAAACGAAAGGAGCCGCUGCCAUGAACUCCAUUAUGGAAUAUUACUUUUAUGAACUCAAGUAUCCACAAUCAGCCAUAAAAAUGUUUAAUUGGAGGAAAAAGUGGGGCGUUCCAUCAAAUGAAUACACCAACACCAUUCUAUUUAAAGGUCUAGCCCAACAAGAACAACAUGCAUCAAAGGCUGCUGCGAGUCUGGUUAUGAAAAUUAUCGACGGACUAAUUUCUCGUGAGGAGCUGAGUCAAAUAGAAUACAAUGCCGCACUAGGAGCGCUAACUAAUUGCAUCGAUGUUACACAUGCAUUUGAGCUUUUCGAAAAACGGGUCAAAGGUGUUAAACCGGACGCCAUCACGUAUCUUUGGAUGCUCAGAGCUUGCUCAAGAAUAAAGACAGAUAAGCUUUUCAACGAAGUUCUGAAUGAUUUGGUGGAGAGUAUACCUUCGAGAUGUGUAGACUCCCGUUUAAUUUUCGAGUUUUGCAAGACCUUGCAUUCGAGAUCUGACAAAGAGUCAAAGCAAUUAGCCCUAGUAGCACUGAAUACCUAUUUCGAUUUUGAGGUGGACGAGAAACUGUCUCCUAAAAUCCCUGAAGGGCUCAGGUUGUUACCUUUGUCACACUGGUCCAUUCACAAGAAAUAUCCCAUUAACAAGCACAUUAUUGGGUUCUUCCUGCAGACCUGCUUACAGACCGGAAACUGGGACCUAGGAAUCGAGACAUUUUUGGAGAUGAAGAGAAAGAACGAAAAACUGAUAGAUGUCGACAUGUUCCACAAAUAUAUGGAACUGAUCAUGAAGAAAGAUCCCGCAGUAUGUGGGGAAGAAUGCCUCAAAGCUUUCGAAGAAAUGGAAUCCAUGAAGAAUAUCCCAUUUUCCAAGCACACACUUGUUCUAGUUUACGCAUCAUUCGAGAAGCAGGCUUCUAAGAGAAUAAUAAACAAUGAUGAAGUGAGAAUCAACGCUUUACUAAAAGCAUGUCAGGACUUCAUAACGCAGCAAGAAGGCCGUUACUCUAAAGAGUUCGAAAGCAAAGUCUAUCCCGUGGAAGCUUGGCAAUUUCUAGUCUCAAUUAUCAAGAAUGCAACUGCAAGUAACAAAGUCAGCGUGAUUAGACUGAAACAACUCACUGAUGAAUUUAUGAAAACCCUUUGCCAGGGUCUCUUGGAAUUCAAGAAUCUUCGAAAGCGAGAACAGGCGAGGUUCGUUGAGCUUGAAUUUGUAAGGUUAUUGAAAGCGUUCUCCCUAAAGUUAGAGAUGCCUCACAUGGAAAAUGUGGACACAAGUGUUGAAGGACCUGAGCGGGAGACAUUCUUGUUAAGACGAUUAGUUCUAAGGCUAAAAGAUAAGCUCCUGCAGCACAUCAAACUAAUAGAAACUGGGAAGCAUGACGGCGAAGAUGUUGACGAGCUGGAGUGGUCGAUCAAGCAAAUAGCUCGCAGAAUACUUUCGAGCAAGAUGCCAUGA